AUGACAUCCAUCAAACCAUUUCAGGCUACAGAUUUGUUUGAGCUUACGCCAAUAAAUUUGGACCCAUUGACAGAAAACUUCUAUCUAUAUUUUUACCACCAGUAUUUAUAUACAUGGCCAACUCUGUCUUACAAAUCAGUUGAUGAUGAUAAUCAACCAACAGGAUAUAUGCUAGCCAAGACAGAGGGAAAGAACAAAGAAUGGCAUGCUCAUAUUAGUGCUGUUACAGUUGAUCCAAACUAUAGGCGUGUCGGAUUGGGCUCGUAUCUUUGUGAUCAGCUUAGGAUUGUUGUUGAACCAGAGAGGCCAAUCCAUGCGUGGUUUAUUGAUUUGUUUGUCAAGUGUUCGAAUAAAACUGCAAUUACUUUAUAUGAGAAGCUAGGGUAUAGCGUCUAUCGGAGAGUCGUUGGUUAUUAUGAAACUGGAGACAUGUCCAAUAUAAACAAGAAAAAAACCAAUGAUGAAAUUGAUGCGUUUGAUAUGCGUCUUAGCCUUGCGAGAGAUGUAAAUAAUGAGUCAAUACGAGAAAAUGGACGUAAAUUCCACGUGCUACCGGAAGAAGUUGUGUUCUAA